AUGGCUGAAAAAACAAAAACACUUGUAAUUGAGCCAAUAACAACACCAAACAAGAACAUUACCAGCUUCUUUGACAAGAAGGAGAUCUCCUACUUAGUCAAUGUCAACCACAAGUACCCCACAUACUCGUUUGAGAAAGUCUAUGGAAUUCUGUUUGAAACCAAACUCAUUCUCUACUCAAAAACCAAGGAAAUGCCUGUGGUAACGGAGGAACAGAUAUCCAGCCUCUACACCGAACAAACCAUUGAAUUUGAGUCUUCUGACUUCCGCUCAAUCGAAGCACUCCUCUCCACCAAAAUCAGGCAAUUUCUCAAACCAUGCAACUCGUCCAUUUCCCUGGCCAUCAGCGACUUCUUCAACAAGGACCAAGUCGUCCAACUUGUCGAUCUCUUCCUAAACACACUCCAAUUCCGAGCCAUUCAACUGAACUCAUUUGGCCUACUCGCUGCUAUCAAAUUACGAGAACCAAACUUAGCCAUAAAAUACGCAGGUGAAUCCAAACAGUUCGUUUUCAUUGAAGAAUUCACCGUGAUAGAGAGUUUCACUGAUUCCAAAUGCUACCAGUGGCUUGAUGAUACAAGUAUGGCUGAUAAUGAGGAUGUUGCUGAUGAGUUCAGCCGUCUCAAAACAAUCAACUACGCCAACAAGUGGUGUUGCCAAAGAUGCUGCUUCUACGAGGACACGGAAGACAAAAUCAUCAAACACAUUGAGAAAGAUCACAAGUGUCCGAAUUCCAAGGAGUAUUUUGAAUACGUUAAUAAUGAUAAUGAUUUUGACAAAAUGGUAGAAUAUAUUUACCUGGGGAAACAGAAGAAGAUUGAAGGAAACACCAGGAUCAUUGACUUGAAUACGAACUAUGAGACUGAUUCAACCAAGAUCAGUCCAUUUGAUCUGCUUGUCUCUGGAGUCGUCUUCAACGAGCUGGAUGCAUCGAAGGAGACCUGGCUCACCGACAAGGAGUGGGCUGUGGCUCGAAUCAGACUUCUGAAGGAGAAGAUCCUCUUUUAUAUUUGA